AAAUCUUCAAAGCCAUGGCUCUAGUUCUGGCUCUCAUAAUCGUCAUAUCAAGUCUAUUUCUCCUUCGAUCUCUCUUUACAUAUUUGAAUAACACAUGGUGGACUCCACUUACCAUACAAAAGAUGAUGAAAUCACAAGGAAUCAAAGGUCUUCCAUUUACAUUUCCUCAUGGAAACACCAAAGUGAUCACAACCAUGAGAAACCAAUCCAUGAGCCAAUCCAUGGAUACAUCACAUGAUAUAUUUCCAAGAAUUCAGCCACACGUCUACUCCUGGAUCAAAACAUAUGGGAUGAAUUUUAUAAAUUGGCAUGGUUCGCAAGCACAACUUUUUGUUAAUGAACCGGAGCUUAUAAAGGAAAUAUUAAACAACCGAGAAGGAGCUUACCCUAAAAUGGACAUGGAAGGGUAUGCAAAGAAGUUAUUAGGUGAAGCUCUUAUAACUAACGAAGGUGAAAAAUGGGCAAAAGUUCGAAAACUUGCUAACCAUACUUUCCAUGCUGAGAGCUUGAAGAAUAUGAUUCCUGAGAUGAAUAGAAGCAUUGGGGAAAUGGUAGAGAAGUGGAAGGACUAUGAAGGUAAAGAAAUCGAUGUGCAUAAAGAAUUUGGGCUAGUAACAACUGAAGUGAUAUCUAGAACAGCUUUUGGUAGUAGUUAUGUUGAAGGGAAGCAUAUAUUUGAGAUGGUUGCAAAACUAACAGAAAUAACUGUUAGAAACAUCUACAAAUUACGCUUUCCAGGUAUUAGUUGGAUAAUGAAGACGAAUGAUGAAAUUGAAGCGGAAAAACUUGAAAAGGCGAUAAAGAGAUCGAUUCUAAACAUUGUAGAGAAAAGAAAGGCGGAUGCAGAUGAAGAUGCUGAUGAUUUUGGAAGUGAUUAUCUUGGACAACUUGUGAAAAUUGCUAAUGAUUUUAAUGAAAAGAAGAAGAUCACAAUAGAACAAAUGAUUGAUGAAAUCAAAGCGAUAUAUGGUGCUGGACAUCUUACAACCACAAACUUGCUUUCGUGGACUAUUUUCCUUUUAGCAACCAAUCAAGAAUGGCAAGAAAGUGUAAGAGAAGAAGUCCUUGAGUUAUUUGGUCGUGAAACCCCAACUUCAGAUGGCAUCGCAAGACUUAAAACUAUGAACAUGGUAAUCAAUGAGUCACUCAGGCUAUACCCUCCCGUGAUUACAAUGACAAGAAAAGUAGAGAGGGAGAUCAAACUAGGAAACCUUACUCUUCCUGCUAAAAUAAAUAUUUUCGUUUCAAUUCUUGCACUUCAUCACAAUGAAGAAAUAUGGGGAAAAGAUGUUCAUUGUUUUUUACCCGACAGAUUCGUAAAUGGUGUCGCGAAAGCUACCAAGAACAAUGUUGCAGCAUUUUUGCCUUUUGGGAUGGGGCCUAGAACUUGUGUUGGUUUAAAUUUUACUACAAAUGAAGCAAAGAUUGCACUUUCGAUGAUCUUGCAGCGUUAUAGGUUGAGUCUUUCGAGUAAUUAUGUUCAUUUUCCAGCUGAUGUGUUUAUACUUACCCCGAAGAAAGGUGUUCAAGUUAUUCUUCAUAAGGUUUGAAAGAUGAUUGGAGUUUGUUUGUGUUAUUAUGUGUUUUGAUUGUUAUGUUUGUAAGAUGUAAUUGUGUUUAUUGUUUAUUAAUAAGAAAGUGUUAUAACGAUUGGUGAUGAAA